UGGAUACAAAGUUAGCUCAAUGAAAUGAUUAUCAGAAUGUGUACCUUAACUGUAAAAAGCUGUUUCUAGAAAAAUAAUAAAAAUAAUUCCAAAUUAAACGGUGCUAUAUUAAUUAUAACUUCGCUCAAACACAAAGAUUUCUUUAUAUUAAAAUUGGCAGGAAUAAUGAUUGAGUGUUUCUUGUUACUGAUUGAGUUUUUUAACAUCAACAAUCUUUUAAAUGAUUUCAUCUAAAAAUUGCUACUUCUCAUAUUAAAAGGAUGCUCCCAUGGAUUAUUUUCUUUGUCUAAUCACAAGAAUUAUUUCGGUUUUCUAUUUUAAAAAAAUAAGUAAUUAAAUGUUUAUCUCUCUACAUUCUUAAAUAUUAAGUGGUUUUAUAUGCUAAACCAUUUCAAAGGAUGCAGGCCAAUUUAUUCUCCGAGAUACAAAAGACUCACAUCAAGAGUAGAAACACAAAGAGGAAAAAGGUUUCAUUUUCUCUUAAUAGAUCGAUUGGAGGCCCUAAAGAUUCAAUAGAGGCCACAAACAUAGAAAAAUAUUUAAGUAUUGAUAAGACAAACACUUUGAAAAAAACGUAUAAAAAUAAAAUAUUGGAGGCCGAUAGCAAAGUUAUUAUAAAUAAGCAUAACAUAAUGGAAGAAAUUACUUUGGGUAGUAGAGAAAAGCGAGGCAGUUUUGGACGAAAACAUAUUCGUUUGAGAAAUAUGUUGAACUAUGCAGAUGUAUAUGAUACUCUAAAUGAUUCCGGAAAAGAUAUUUUAGCCUGCUCAAAUACCACUUGUGUAAGCAGUAUUGUUUUCGGAAAUACAGCAUCCAACAAACUUCGGAGUUGUGAAGUCAUUCUUGAACAUGCUAUGGAAUUCUUAAAUCAUUAUUUUACUUCUAUUAAUAGAUGCAUGACCAAUGCUCAUACAUCAAGAUGGGAGCAAGUGCAGAAAAUGGUGAGGAAAAAUGGUCAUUAUCAUUUAACUGAAACUGAAUUGAUAUACGGUGCAAAAUUAGCUUGGCGGAAUUCUUCUAGAUGUAUUGGACGCAUACAAUGGUCAAAAUUACAGGUAUUUGACUGCAGAUAUGUUACAACUACAAGUGGAAUGUUUGAAGCUAUAUGCAAUCACAUUAAAUACGCAACAAAUAAAGGAAAUAUAAGUGCCGAUCGUAUUUGUUUUCGUUGCAAACAACACAGAUCGGCUAUUACAAUAUUUCCUCAGAAAACAGACGAAAACCAUGAUUUCCGAAUUUGGAAUAAUCAACUAAUAUCUUAUGCAGGUUAUAAACAAAACGAUGGAAGUGUAAUAGGAGAUCCAAUGAAUGUUGAAAUUACUGAGUCUCAUGGGCUUGUUUUUAUCUCCAAUUUUCUUAUUAAGAUUUGUUUAAAACUUGGAUGGAAAGCAAAGCAGACUGAAUGGGAUAUUCUGCCAUUGAUAGUGUCUGCAAAUGGUCUUGAUCCUGAUUACUUCGAGUACCCACCAGAGCUUGUAUUACAAGUGCCACUGGAACACCCAAAUUUCAAAUGGUUUGCUGAAUUAAACCUGAGGUGGUAUUCCCUUCCUGCCGUUUCUAGCAUGCUUUUUGAUUGUGGUGGAGUACAAUUUACAGCAACCGCUUUUAGCGGGUGGUAUAUGUCAACAGAAAUAGGCUGUAGAAACUUAUGUGACACCAAUCGGCGCAAUAUACUUGAGAAGGUCGCUUUAAAAAUGGGACUAGAUACACGAACUUCUUCAUCUCUGUGGAAAGAUAAGGCAUUAGUGGAAGUUAAUAUUGCAGUUCUUCACUCAUUUCAAAGUAGAAAUAUAACAAUCGUAGAUCAUCACACCGCAAGUGAAAGUUUUAUGAAACAUUUUGAUAACGAAUUAAAGAUAAGAAAUGGAUGUCCUUCUGACUGGAUAUGGAUAGUUCCGCCUUUAUCUGGUUCAAUCACUCCCGUUUUUCAUCAAGAAAUGGCACUUUAUCAUUUGAGACCUUCUUUUGAAUAUCAGGAUGCAGCUUGGAAAACCCACGUCUGGAAAAAGGAAAAUUAUCAAGGAAAAUCUAAGAAGCCGAGAAAAAAAUUCAACUUUAAGCAAAUAGCAAGAGCUGUUAAAUUCACAUCCAAAUUAUUUGGUCGAGCUCUAUCCAAACGUAUAAAAGCGACCAUUUUGUAUGCCACGGAGACUGGAAAAUCUGAACAGUAUUCGAAAAAACUUUGUGAAAUUCUAGGACAUGCUUUUAAUGCACAAACUUGCUGUAUGUCAGACUAUGAUAUCUCGUUCAUGGAACAUGAAGCGCUGCUCAUUGUAAUUGCAUCAACUUUCGGAAAUGGGGAUCCACCAGAAAACGGAGAGGAAUUUGCUCAGGAACUAUAUAAAUUGCACUUGAAAGAAUCAUGUCUUAAGGAGGGAGCUGAACAAUGCAUUCAAGUGAAUUCAUCAAAGUCUUUUAUUAAAGCAAACUCAAGAAAUGAUUUUACGAAACUUCAACAAAAUCAACUGAAGAAAAUACGAGGGUGGCGAUCUCUUCGUGAUUCAACUACAGAGAAGUUUACCGAGGACAUCAUUGGUCCCCUUUCUAAUGUGAGAUUCGCCGUCUUUGGACUAGGUUCAUCAGCAUACCCAAAUUUUUGUGCAUUUGGCCAAUAUAUGGAUAACAUCCUUUCAGAACUUGGUGGCGAGAGAAUUUUGAACUUAGCUUAUGGCGAUGAAAUAUGUGGCCAAGAACAAUCUUUCAGAAACUGGGCACCAAAAAUCUAUAAGGUCGCAUGCGAUAUUUUUUGUUUGGAUGCUGACGAAGGCAUAUCGGAUACAUACCUACUUUCACAAAAUGAUUCACUUACUAUAAAUACAGUGAGGUUGGUUCCAAUUCAGUUUGAGGAAAAAUUGGAGAAUUUAUUAAGAAAAUAUCACAAUAAAAAUGUUAUAAAGUGUUCUCUUAAGACCACACCAAUAAACCUUACUAACUCAAACGAAAAUGAUAAAACUACAAUCUUACUAAAAAUAUCUUCACCAAAUGUAGAAUAUGAGCCUGGCGAUCAUUUAGGUAUAUUUCCAAUCAAUAACAUUGAUCUUGUCGAUGGUAUCUUACAACGUUUAUCAGGACUCGAAGACCCGGAUCAAAUUGUACAGCUGCAAAUUCUCGUAGAAAAACAAACUCCAAAUGGAUGUUUUAAAUGUUGGGAACCCCACAGUAAGAUGCCCAUUGAUACAAUUAGAUCAUUUUUGCUGCGUUUUUUUGAUAUUACAACUCCACCAUCGCGUCAGCUGUUAAUUUUUUUGUCUAAUUAUUGUGGCGAAAAAGAAGAUGAAGAAGAAAUACUCAAACUUAUAAACGACACAUCAGCAUUUGAAGACUGGAAGCACUGGAAGCUUCCACAUCUUUUAGAAGUUAUGCAAGAAUUUCCAUCAUGUAGGCCUCCAGCAGCAUUGUUUUUGCUCAAUCUCCAACCUUUGCAACCAAGAUUCUACUCCAUUUCAUCCUCGCAAAAAAAGUACAAUAAUGAAAUUCAUAUAACUGUGACUGUUGUAAAAUAUCAGUCAGAGAAUGGGGCAGGACCCGAACGCUUGGGAGUUUGCUCAAAUUAUUUACAAAAAAUGAAAGAAAAUGAUGAAAUAUUCAUCUUUGUUCGCAGCUCUCCAGCUUUUCACCUACCAGCUGAAAUUGAGAGCCCACUGAUCUUAAUUGGCCCUGGAACUGGCAUAGCACCAUUCCGAUCAUUUUGGCAACAUUUAGAAGUAUUGAAAGAAAACUCACCAGCUAUGAAACUGCCUGAUACUUGGCUUUUUUAUGGAUGUCGAAGCUUGAAGUAUGACUUAUAUGCUGACGAAAAAGCAAAACUUAUACAAAACAAAGUUUUGAGCAAAGUAUUUUUAGCACUUUCUAGAGAAACAAACAAGAAAAAGACCUACGUUCAGGAUCUCAUAAAACAAGAAUUCGAAAUGCUUUACGUUCUUAUUACACAACAAAAGGCACAUAUAUAUGUUUGUGGUGAUGUAACUAUGGCAGAAGACGUAUAUCAAACUAUAAGGAAAUGCGUAGCCAGCAUCGAACAAAAUACUGAAAACGAGGCAGAAAAAAUUAUGCUAUCACUCAAGGAUGAUGACCGUUACCAUGAGGAUAUAUUUGGAAUAACUCUAAGAACAGCAGAAAUUCAUACAAAAUCAAGAGCUACAGCAAAAAUACGGAUGAAGUCUCAGCCGAAAAUAUAAACUUGAUGUCAUUUGAUGGACCCAUUUUGAAUUUAAUCUACCAAGUUAUUCGAGCAAUAUAUUCAGUGUUCUAAAAUAUCUUUAAAUGAAAACUUUAAAAAACGUAGUUCUAAAGAA